CGGCCGGGAGGGCCCGGGACCCUCGCUCCCCUGCGCCCGCGGGGCUUCAGAGGGGGCGAGAGAGGCGCAGCGCCCGCGCUGGGCAUGGAGGCGCCUCUGGCCAGCGCCGCUGCCGCUCCUCGAAGUUUGCAAGCGGACUCGGAAAGUUGCGUUCGGACGCAGUGCCACGUCCCACCACCGGGCAGGACCCAGCUCGCCGCCGCCGCACUGCGCGGGGCAGCGACCCCACCGACACCCGCGGCCCCACCGACACCCGCGGCCCCGCCUGCCGGGGGCAUGUGAGCCGCGGCCUCCCCAGGAGCCGGCGGGCUGCACCGGCCCGGCGCCUUGGAGGCAGCGCACGGGCCGCCAUGGGCAUCCAGGGCAUGGAGCUAUGCGCCAUGGCCGUGGUGGUAAUGCUGUUCAUCGCCGUGCUCAAGCAGUUCGGCAUCCUGGAGCCCAUGUCCAUGGAAGACAGCAGUGACAGUGAGCUGGAGCUAUCCACAGUGCGCCACCAGCCAGAGGGGCUAGAGCAACUGCAAGCACAGACCAAGUUCACCAAGAGGGAGCUGCAGUCCCUCUACAGGGGCUUCAAGAACGAGUGUCCCUCGGGCCUAGUGGAUGAAGACACCUUCAAACUCAUUUAUUCACAGUUCUUCCCUCAGGGAGAUGCCACCACCUAUGCGCACUUCCUCUUCAACGCCUUUGAUGCUGAUGGGAAUGGGGCCAUUCACUUUGAGGACUUUGUGGUGGGCCUCUCCAUCCUCCUGCGAGGAACAGUCCAGGAGAAGCUCAAGUGGGCCUUUAACCUCUAUGACAUUAAUAAGGACGGCUACAUCACCAAAGAGGAAAUGCUGGCCAUCAUGAAGUCCAUCUAUGACAUGAUGGGCCGGUACACCUACCCACUCCUGCGGGAAGAAGCGCCUCUGGAGCAUGUGGAGAGGUUCUUCCAGAAAAUGGACCGGAAUCAGGAUGGGGUGGUGACCAUUGACGAGUUCCUGGAGACCUGCCAGAAGGACGAGAACAUCAUGAGCUCCAUGCAACUGUUCGAGAAUGUCAUCUAGGACAUGUCGGGGAUCCCUGAGUGGCCCUUGCCACCAUGGCCCCCAAAGAAACCUCAGUCCUGCCAGGAGCAGCUUCCAUGAGAAACAUUUUUCUAAUAUACUUGCAAAGAGUGAACAGUUUGCUCCAGACACACACACACACACACACACACACACACACACACCAUUCCUCUGGGCUGGCAGAGGGGGACCAAGGUCAGGGUGGGACUACAUCUGGCUAGAAGCUGGGUCCAGAUGAUGUGAGCCACACUUCCCAGCCAGUCCUGUCCCAGGCCAGUGAGUGAGGCUGCCUCUGGGGUGGGCAGCUGGAAAAGCAGUGUCUGCUGGCUGCUGGCUGCUGGGUGUGAGCAGAAACGUGCUCCCUUCCCCUGCAGAGGAGGGUCCAGUCUCCAGAGCAAAGUCCCCUCCUGUGUGAGCCCAUUGGACCCUCCCUCCUGCAACCCAGGGGCUGCUCUGGCCUCCAUGUGCCUCCAGCCACUCCCUGCCCACUAACCAUACUCCUAGAAUGCCCCUCACCGGGCAGCUAGGGGGUCAAGGGUGUUCAGAUUAGGAUAGAGGUGUUGGAGGUGGGGCCUGCUGCUUCCUGGAAAGACACCCUGGGCGAGCUCUGCCCCACUGAUAAGGGGUCAUUGAGCCGCACUGUCCCUCCAUCUCAGGAAGGGGGCCCUUCAAGCUUGGGGUUGGGUUUCCUGGUGGCCAAUGUGAGGAGGACUGUCUGCCCACUGCAGUGGACGGGCGAGAAGCCCUCCCUUGCUUGCCCGGGCCUGGCUCAGGGGGUGCAGUGGGGCAGCUGCCCACACCCCUCAGACUAGGCUAUUCACCCCAAGUUCAUCAUAGGUCCUGAGAUGUGGUCAUGUGGCUAAGGACUGGCAGCUGGAGAGCCCGGGUGACAAGCAGGCCUGGGAAGGGCUUCUCCCUCUCUCUGUCCUCUCCUGUAUCACCCUUGGCCAAACAGUUCGGCUGAGCCCCCUUCCUAGUUAGGGUCCCGUAGCAGUGUGGCCACAUCUCCACACGGGCUCACCCCAACCCCAUCCAGAAAGCACAAGCCCCCACAGCAGCUCAGAUCGAGCCCACGGGGAGAGCUGAGGACAGAAGCCCUCCUGGUGGCCUGAGGCCUGGGUCCCAACAGCCCUGAUACAGGUGACCCAAGGAAGGAAGCUAGGGGUCAGUUCUGUGCCUCAGUACAGUGGGGGCUCAAAGCCCAUCCCCAGCCCAGCUCACAAUCACUCAAAAGCACAAAUCCCAGGACUCUACUUGGCUGGGUUCUACUCUGGAUGGGGUUGAUUUCUGCCUGAGGUCAGAGCCAGCAGUCAGGGCUGACGGCCUGAGGCCGGUGUCAGGUCCACAGGAACUUCCAGGAGACAGGCAGAGAGAGAAGCAGCUCCCACCUGCCCAGGCAGCGUGGGCUCUUCCGAGGACAUUCUCAUACAUACAUUCCAUCAGCUGCCACCCCAUCUCUACUCAGGCCUGGCCCCAGAGUGAGCAGGACCCUUGAGAAAGGGCAAGAUGGCGCAGGCCGUGGAGACUGGCCUGGCUCAGCUACGGGGACCCCUUGGCACCCACAUACAGGUGGCCCUCCUCUUGGAGUUGCACUGACACCCCAUCUCCAGUCUGACUGGGGGUCCCUCUCCCCUCCAGGAGGGCAUCAGCUUUCCCUGGCUCAGGGAUCUUCUCCCCCAACCCCAGCCCAGCCCUCCCAGCUGGUGUAGCUCUGCUUCUCAGGGGCCAAGGCCAUAGGAGAGGGUCACCACCAUGCUUCUGCCCCCCUUGGCCUCGGGCCAGCCUGGCUGCAUGUCCAGCCAGGAGGGGCCUGUGUCCGACGCUGGGACACAGACUGGCCGCAUGUCUGCAUGGCAGAAGCGUCUCCCUUGGGCACAGCCUGGGAGGGUGGUUCCUGUUCUCAGCACCCACCCAUAUUCAGUCCUGUAUAUUUUAAUAAAAUAAACUUGACAAAGGAGAGGGA